AUGACGAGGAACGCUGCGUUGUGUAAUGAGGUAAGCGCCUUCGUUACUGUUGAUGAUUUGCUAAGCUGCAUGGGCACCGAACUGGGAAAGGGCAUACAUGGUUCCGUGUUUGCAAUUAAAGGUCACGACAAUUUGGUAUUCAAGGAGGUUCAAUAUAGCACACCCAAUGAGCCAGUGGUCAAGCAGAUUGAGGACAGCGACAAGCUUGUGCAGGCUAUAAAGCAUGAUAACAUUGUAACAUGGCGCAAAGUCAUCAAAGAUGAUAAGUGCAUUUGCAUUGUCAUGGAUCGUUAUGACUGCUCACUGGAUGUUUUCUUGAGGGAGCGCCGUCAUAAAGGUGUGCCAAUGGACGAAGACAUGGUUCUUGAUUUUUCCAGGCAAAUUUGUUCUGCCUUUGCAUACAUUCACAACUUGAACAAAGAGCUACCUAAUGGGCUGCCUAUUUUGUCAGUUGUUCAUGGAGAUGUUAAGCCGGCUAAUAUCUUGGUAGCUGAUCAGGGGAAAAAGUUUUCCAUUGCAGACUUCGCAUUUGGCGAUAGAAAUAUGGCAAGUUCCGUGGCCUACUAUGAAGCUCCCGAGGUGCGCAGUGGGGGAGCCCCCACAUCUGCAUCAGACAUGUGGAGCAUUGGUGUUAUUCUUUAUGAGCUUGCUGUGGGAAAUAUAACUAUCAUAAGAACCAUCGACUUCACCAAAUGCAAUAGAGAUUUCCAGCUUAACCUCAAUGCAGUUACCUAUCCAUCUAUCAGGGCCAUCAUUAGUCGCCUCCUUGUCUUAAAUCCUUCAAGCCGCAUAACGGCGAAAGAGCUCUGUGAUGUGCUGGCUUCAAAAGAUGUUGCUACCACACUUAGUAUUAGACACCUAGGCGACUCAACUGGACUGCACGACAAGAUGCUGAAGACUUUGAUGGAAAGAGUCGCGUCUCUUGAGAACAUCGUUGCCAAACAAGCAAGCCAGAUUGAAAGUCUUCAAAAGAAGAACGAGGAAUUAAGGAAUGCUGGUCCUAAUUCAAGCGACACUGUAGCAAAUCUUGCCUUUGUCAACCUCAUGACUGCAGUCCAGAGUAACAAUAUCGAAACUGUCAGAAUGAUCUUGAGCAGUGGAGUUAGCAUGGGAAAACAGGACAAUAAAGGAAUGACUGCGCUGAUGUAUGCGGCAGAGGCGGACAGAUUUCAGAUCGUCGAGCUUCUUUUAGAGCACGAAAAGUGCAUCCGUGAUAAAAAUGGAUGGACUGCCCUUAUGCGUGCUGCGCAGAAGAAUAGCGUCAAUUCGGUGAGACUCCUUAUCAAGGUAGAAGCUGGAAUGCAGAGCAAUAACGGAAGGACAGCCCUUAUGGAGGCGGUAGCCAAGAAGAGUCUAAAUUCCGCAGUAGAACUGAUAGAGUGUGAACACGGAUAUCAAGAUCGCAGCGGAUGUACGGCUCUAAUGUAUGCUGCAGAGAAAGGGCUCACUGAGAUAGUCACCAGAUUGUUGGAUUAUGAAAAGAGGAGGCGGAGUAACCGCCCUCAUGAAAGCUGCUGCAAAGAACCGUGUCGAUGUAGUGAAUGCCUUGGCUGCAUGUGA